GGUCGGAUAAUGAAAUCUUUGCCGCAACACCAACAGCUAGUCUUGGAUUUGCAAGCAGGCCAAUGUCCCUCAACACCAUAACAAACCUCAACCGAUUAUCCAUGCAGCCAAGACCUCUUGGACAACCUCAAACACUAUCUCAACAAAUCCAAACCAUAGUUGAUCAAAUAAAAAAAUGUUCCAACUUAUACCAACUGGAAACAAUAUAUGCCACCAUGAUCAAAACAAAUGCAAACCAAGACUGCUUCUUAACGAACCAAUUCGUCACUGCAUGCGCCACUUUUUGCCGUAUGGAUUAUGCAAUUUUAGCCUUUACCCAAAUGCAAAAACCCAAUGUUUUUGUUUAUAAUGCAUUAAUUAAGGGCCUUGUUCAUUGUCAUAACCCGUUCCAAGCUUUAGAUUAUCACAAACAUAUGCUGAGAGCUGGAGUUUGGCCCUCAAGUUUCACGUUUUCUUCGUUAGUUAAGGCUUGUGGUUUGGCUUCUGAAUUGGGGUUUGGAGAAAGUGUCCAUGGCCAAGUUUGGAAACAUGGUUUUGAGUUACAUGUCUUUGUUCAAACUGCUUUGGUUGAUUUUUAUGCGAAUGUUGGAAAAUUUGUUGAAUCCAAAAGGGUGUUUGACGAAAUGCCUGGUAGAGAUGUAUUUGCAUGGACUACAAUGGUUUCGGGUUUUUUAAAGGCCGGGGAUUUGGUUUCUUCGAGGAGACUGUUUGAUAAGAUGCCUGAAAGGAAUACCGCCACGUGGAAUGCUAUGAUUAAUGGGUAUGCAAGAGUAGGGGAUGUGGAGUCAGCUGAGUUAUUUUUUAAUCAAAUGCCUGUAAAGGAUAUCAUUUCUUGGACUACUAUGAUCAACUGUUAUUCCAAGAACAAGCAAUUCAGAGAAGCAUUAGCUGUUUUUGAGGAAAUGAGGAGGAAUAAGGUUAGUCCAGACGAAGUAACCAUGGCAAGUGUUAUUUCAGCUUGUGCCCAUCUCGGAGCGCUUAAUAUGGGAAAAGAAAUACAUCAAUAUGUGAUGCAAAAUGGAUUUUGUCUUGAUGUUUAUAUAGGGUCUGCGUUGAUUGAUAUGUAUGCUAAAUGUGGAAGUUUAGAGAGGUCACUUUUGGUGUUCUUUAAAUUAAGAGAGAAAAAUCUCUUUUGUUGGAAUUCAGUAAUUGAAGGGCUUGCUGUUCAUGGUUGUGCACAGGAAGCACUGGCAAUGUUUGACAGUAUGGAGAGGCAUCAUGUCAAACCAAAUGGGGUUACUUUUGUUAGUGUUCUUAGUGCCUGCACUCAUGCAGGACUUGUCGAAGUAGGCCGUCAGAGGUUUUUAAGCAUGACUCGUGAUUAUUCUAUCCCCCCUGGAGUUGAACAUUAUGGGUGUAUGGUUGAUCUAUUAAGCAAAGCUGGGUUGCUUGAAGAUGCACUAUUCUUGAUAAGAAGCAUGAAGUUGGAACCAAAUCCUGUUAUUUGGGGUGCAUUAUUAGGUGGGUGUAAGCUUCAUAGGAAUUUGGAGAUUGCUCAGUUUGCUGUGAAUGAACUGAUGGUUUUGGAUCCACAUGAUAGUGGCUAUUACACCCUUUUACUUAACAUGUAUGCUGAAGUCAAUCGAUGGGCCCAGGUUACGAAGAUCAGGCAGAUGAUGAGAGAAUUAGGUGUUAAAAAGGGAUGUCCUGGAUCCAGUUGGAUUCACAUGGAGAGCAAAAUUCAUCAGUUUGCAGCAUCUGAUAAAUCCCACCUGGCUUCAGAUGAGAUCUACUCGAUUCUAGCCGAAUUAGAUUUACAGCUGAAGCUAGCUGGCUAUGUUCCUGAUGAACUGGGACCUAUAUAUUAGAAGUUUAAUCUUCAUAAGAAGAAAUGACAUCAAAAACAAACUGCAGAUUGUGAAAGUUCACAUGCCAUAAUCAUAUGGUUCAUGCUUUGCAAAGAAAGGAUCUAAAUAGGGCUCUAGUGAAGCAGAGUCAAGCGAGCCAGAAUAAGGUGUAGUUGGAAAGGUUUGUGUACUGGCGAACUCUGGAAAAGAGUUUCUUGUAGAGAGUAGGAAAUGGGAUGGAAGGUCAGAUUUGGUGCUUUGAAUACAAUUAAAAACAGAGACCAGAAGAUAAUGAGCUGAUAAAUGAGUAAAAUGCAGGUCAUGCAAAUUAAGUCCUCUGCUGGAAGUUAAACCAAAAGAUGAUUCUGCUGUUCUGAGUGUGGUCGCUGGGUUAAUAUUCUGAAAAGAUGGCUGUAUAGUUGGAUGCUUCACAGAGCUUGGAUAAACUGUCUGCUGGUCAUUUUCAAACACCAGACAUGAAGAAUUGUGGCAGAAUUCCUAUUUGAGAAACACAUAAUGAGACUUUGACGGUUUACAUGCUUGAAGUAGAUCAGACAUGAAUCCUAGUAUUGUUUCCGCAAUUUCAUCCGCCUUGCACCUCUGUGUUUGAAAGCAUUGCGUUCUUGCUUAGCUGCUUUGCAAAGUUGCAAUUUCAAAAGUCAAACUAUCUUGGCUUAGCUUGUUCAUUUUUUUUAAAACUCAUAAUUCAACUUUAAUCAAGUAUCAUUGAACUUUCAAGAUUUUAAUAAAAUAUCAUAAGGCCA